AUGGCUGGUCGAGAAUCCGCCUCACUCUCCUUAGCUGAGUCCUUGAGAGAGGACUCUCUUAACUCAAACAAAGAAAUUGAAAAAAUCCCUUCAAGUCAGCCUCGUGAACUCAAGGAACAUGAAUGCUAUGAUAAGCUGGGCUAUUGCUGGCCACGAUGGAAGAAAUGGACAUAUCUGAUGGCUGUGGCAUGUGUCCAAGUGUCUAUGAACUUCAAUACAUCAGUUUAUCCCAAUGCAGUAACUCCCCUUUCUAAGGCCUUCAAUAUCGGUGCACAGGAAGCUCGCACUGGCCAGAUGAUCUAUCUGAUCACUUACUCCAUUGGAUGUGAGCUGUGGGCUCCAUGGAGUGAGGAGUUUGGUCGCUGGCCUAUUCUUCAGCUGUCUAUGUUUCUCAUCAACAUCUGGCAAAUUCCUUGCGCCUUGGCCCCUAACUGGGGUACUAUUGUUGUCGCUCGUGGACUGGGCGGAAUCUCUACUGCCGGUGGUAGUGUGACACUUGGUCUGAUUGCCGAUAUCUACGAGUCAGACACCCAGCAAUUCCCACUUGCUUUUAUUGUGCUCUCUUCUUGCAUAGGAACUAGCAUUGGUGGAGUCAUUGGCGGUCCGAUUGAGCGAUUCCUUGGAUGGCAAUGGUUCUUUUGGAUUCAACUUAUUUUCGGCGGCGUUGUCCAGGCAAUCAUCUUCUUCAUGCCCGAGAGCCGAUCUACAAUCCUCAUCGACCGGGAAGCAAAGCGUCGUAGAGAAUCAGGAGAAGAUCCUAACAUCUACGGUCCAAACGAGUUGAAACAUCCCCGUGUUUCCCUCAAAGAGGCAGGCAAGAUCUGGAUCCGACCAUUCCACAUGCUGCUCCGUGAACCGAUCGUCUUCUGUCUAUCCCUUCUAUCCGGAUUCUCUGACGCGCUCAUUUUCACUUUCCUCGAGAGCUUUACGCUCGUAUACGGCGAUGGCUGGGACUUUGGGAUUUUAGCACAAGCAUGGGCCGUUAUUCCAAUCAACCUCGCCUACAUCCUGGCAUAUUUCUCCUAUUUCCCCUGGUUUUGGCGAGACGAGCACAUUCGCAAGACGCAGGGUACAGAUGCCUUAUCUCCAGAACGUCGUCUAAAGUGGCUUCUCUUCCUCGCACCAUUCGAACCCAUCGGGCUGUUUGGCUUCGCUUGGACCUCGUUCGGUAAAGAGCGUGGUAUCCCCUGGAUCGCAUCUAUGAUUUUUUCGACUAUGGUUGGAAUAGCCAACUUUGCCAUCUACCUUUCUUCAGUUGACUAUAUGAUCGCCGCAUAUGGUGUCUACUCAGCAUCAGCAUGUGGUGGCAAUGCCUUCGCUCGAGAUCUUCUGGCUGGUAUCUCGGCCAUGUAUGCCACGCCGAUGUACACCAACAUUGGCGACAGGUGGCAUGUUGAAUACGCCAGUACGAUUCUGGCAUGUCUGUCUUGUCUUAUUGUCCUACCAAUCUACGUCUUCUAUUGGUUUGGCCCGCAGGUGCGCGAAAAUAGCAAGUUCGCGCAGUCACUUGCUGCUGACCGAAAGGAGAACCAGGGCCGACGGUUGAGCAAGCCUUCUGUUGAGCCUUAA